AUGGACGAUGACGAUGAGGACAAUAUUGGUGGUCCACCCGUUGACAUUGAUGAUGUCAAUAAUAUCAGCGAUGAUGACCGAGUUCAAAUAUUAGAUGAUGACGAUGAUAUUGAUGACUCUAUCAACAACAACAACAACAAUACAACAGGAACAAACAAUAGUUUCAAUGAUAGUAUCAACAGCAGUGUAGACUUUGACUUUGAUUUCGAUGAUGUACUUCAACCACAGCCUGCUGCACAACAGUCUACCUCGCCUCAUUCAAUGAGUGUACAGAGAAGAGGAAGAUCUGGCUCGUGGGGAUCGUCGUAUAAAGGCGCCAAAGCACAAAACACUACACCAAAGACGACACCAAAGACGACACCAAAGACACCUCCAGCACCCAAACCAAAGCGUAUAGCUCCUGCCUUCAAGGUGGUCAAGGGCACAAACUUUAUGGUUGAUGGAUUCCAAUACAAGUCAUCUGAUUAUCAACACUACUUCUUGACACACUUUCACUCGGAUCAUUACACUGGCUUAACAAAGACAUGGAACUUUGGUUCAAUCUACUGUUCCGUCGAGACUGGUAAGCUCGUUCACAGAAGACUUGGUGUCGAUGCUAAAUAUAUCAAAGCACUACCAUGGAACAAGUUUAAGAAGUUGGAAGGAGUUGAUGUUGCUAUACUUGAUGCCAACCAUUGUCCAGGUUCAGCAAUGUUCCUAUUUAACAUCAAUGGAGAGUAUACUCUACACACAGGUGACUUUAGGUAUCAUCCAAGAAUGAAUGAUUACCAACUAUUGCGAGAAUGUCAGCUGACCAGACUGUAUUUGGACAACACAUUCUGCAACCCUCAAUAUGUAUUCCCACCUCAGCAACAGGUGAUUGGUGAGGUAGCCAGUAUUGUAAAGAGAGAGAACGAUGGAGAGACGAUGUUUUUGUUUGGCACCUACGUCAUUGGCAAGGAGAGGAUCCUGCUAGAGGUGGCCAAACAAGAGAAGAGACGUAUAUGUGUGUCAAAUGAGAAGUAUCAGACACUGGAGUGUUUGGACAUGGACAUUGAGAAGAUCUUCACCAAGGAUGAGAGCGAGACACCCUUUCACGCAGUGUCUAUGGGACUCAUUCGACUGGACACACUUAAUGAUCUGGUGGCACAGUCCAAGGGACGAUACAAACGAGCCAUUGGCUUCCGUCCCACUGGAUGGACACAAUCAAAGAAGGCAGUCACCUAUCGCAAAUGGAACAAUGCUGUAUUCUACAGUGUUGCUUAUUCUGAGCAUAGUAGUUAUAAUGAACUACAGGCUUGCAUCGAGCACUUUAGGCCACAGGAGAUCGUGCCUACCGUCGACUGUGAGACUGAGCAUAAGGUCAAGAGUAUAUUGUCACACUUUGAUGAUAUCUAUGAUAGGAGAAAACAAAGAUCUAUAUCAUCAUUCUUCAGUUCACUUGGUAGUGGUGCAGGCAAAGGAGGUGGAGGCAGCAGCAACACGAGUAGUUCUACAACAUCAACACUCCUGUCAUGGUUUGGUGUUGGAGGUGAUGAUAAGGGAAACACAACAACACCGAUCAAGAAGGAUAAGAAGAAGGUGUUUGAUAUAGACGAGCUCAUUGACUUUAACUAUGACAGUUCACAGUCAGAUGCAUCUCAGUUGACAUUGCCACCACCUACUUCAACAUCAUCCACAACAACAACGACAACAAAAACAACCUUAUCAACAUCAUCAUCAACUACGCCUUCAUCGUCACAAUUAGUUUUGUUUGAUGAUGGAAGCAACGAGGCAGAUCUAUCCUUUGACCUCAAUGAUCCAGUGUUCAUAAGCCAACAGCGAUGGAUAGAGAAACAACUUAAAUCCAGUACAUCCUCAGUUGGAAACUCUUCAAAAUCAUCAACAUCAAGCAAGAGUAGUAGUAGCAGUAACACAAGUGCCAACAAUAGAAAGAACAAGACAUCACCCGCUCAGAAAUCCACAUCUCGAUCAACAAAGAAAUCAAAGACAGACACAACCGAUGUGUCAACACCAUCGACAGCGAUUGUCGUACAUACUGCACAACAGCCUGUUACAGACACAUCCACCCAGUCCUCUUCUUCCUCCUCAUCAUCAUUUUUCUCAACACAAUCCAACGCAGUCGAUGCUCAACGCCAGCCAAUGACCCAAUCGUUCAUCACCAACUUCUUCCAGCGCUGUACCAAUAACUCAACGAUCCAAUCACUGUUUACCAAAAACAAAGGAUAG